AUGAAACUCGACCCCAAGGCCAUUCGCUACCUCACCUCCGAGGAUUUCAAAGUUCUUGCCGCGGUUGAAGCCGGAAGUCGUAACCAUGAAGUCGUUCCUACCCCGUUGAUCUCACAGCUGUCGGGCCUCCGAGGUGGCAGCGGCGUGAACCGCGCAAUCUCGAACCUUGCAAAGACAAACUUGAUCGCUAAAGUGAAGAAUGCCAAAUAUGACGGAUAUCGCCUUGCAUACGGAGGAUUGGAUUAUCUCGCAUUGAACGCGCAUCAGAAGCAAAAGGUCGUCUACUCAGUCGGCAACCAAGUCGGAGUUGGAAAGGAAUCAGAUAUUAUUGUGGUGGCCCAGAGCAGUGGAGCGCAACGCAUUCUUAAGAUUCACCGUCUCGGUCGUAUCUCGUUCCGAACCGUCAAGACGAACCGCGACUACCUACGACACCGACACUCAAGCUCAUGGAUGUAUAUGUCGAGAUUGGCCGCCAUGAAGGAAUUUGCUUUCAUGAAGGCACUGCGCGAGAACGGAUUCUCAGUCCCCGAACCUAUCGCCCAGAACCGACACACUAUCGUUAUGAGUUUGAUUGAUGCUUUCCCGCUGCGCCAGAUUUCCAGAGUGCCCGAACCUGCUGCGCUAUACUCUGAGUUGAUGGAUAUCAUCUUGGAGCUUGCCCGGUUUGGCCUGAUUCACGGUGAUUUCAACGAGUUCAACAUUCUUAUCAAGGAAGUGCAAGAUCCUAGUGCCAAGGGAAAGGCACCUGCCACCGAGGAAGAGGAAGAUGAGAAUAUCCGGCUGGUCCCGGUUCUGAUUGAUUUCCCGCAGAUGGUUUCCGUUGACCAUGUCAACGCAGAGAUGUACUUUGACCGUGAUGUGGAAUGUAUCAAGCGUUACUUCAAGCGCAAGUUCCACUUUGUCAGUGACAUCCCAGGCCCUUCUUUUGCCGAUGCUAGAAAGAAGCUCGCCAAGAACCCUGGUAAGCGUCUGGAUGUUGAAGUUGAAGCCUCCGGAUUCUCGCGCAAGAUGGCCCGUGAGCUCGAAGCGUAUAUGAAGGACGUGGGAGCCACUGGUGAUGGGGAAGGCCGUGACAAUGGAGACGAGGAUGAAGACGAGUCAGGAUCCGAAGAGGAGGAGGAGGAAGAAGAAGAAGAAGAAGAUGAUGAUACUCGCGAGAAGCAAGAUUUGGGAGAUGUGGACGAGAGUACUAAAAGGUUAGAAGAACUUCGAGUCUCGGGAACAUCGGAGCAGUAA